UGGUGCUGUAGGCAGAAUACUAGUGGAAUUUUGGUGAUUUGCAAGAGCUUUACAUACAGCAACAGACGCGAAACCAAAUCAUAACCCGGUUCCCAUUUCUAUGCUAGCCAGCUAGCUACAUGCAAGUUACUGUACUUAGGGUCCACAAUUGGCAAGGAUGACCGAAAGCUCCGCUAACAAGCCCGCUAAUGGAGAAGUUUGUCACCGACCGAAGAACGGAAUUAAACCAGGCAGAAACGGCUUCGUAAAAAACCAUCACCAUUACCAUCAUCAGCAGCCAAAGCACUGCUAUCCCGAGGACAAGGCACAGCACACAUCAUACAAUGGCGGCCUGGGACUGUAUAACCGUCCCUUCAAUGAGUCGUUUGAGGAGACUCCCUUGCUGGUGGCUGUCCUCACUUACAUGGGCUACGGCAUCCUGACCAUCUUUGGAUACCUCCGAGACUUUCUCCGGGACUGGAAGAUUGAGAGGUGUCACAUUGCUCGCGAGAGGGAGGAACAGAGGGACUUUGUCCCACUUUACCAGGACUUUGAGAACUUCUACACCAGGAACCUAUACAUGCGGAUCCGGGACAGUUGGAACCGACCCAUCUGCAGUGUCCCAGGAGCCAAGGUAGACCUGGUGGAACGUGUGUCUCACGACUACAACUGGACCUUUGACUACACAGGCAGAGUGGUUGGAGGUGUAAUCAACAUGGGUUCUUACAACUACCUAGGCUUUGCUGAGAACACAGGCUACUGUGCUGAAGCAGCUGCUGAAGUCACCAUGAAGUACGGGGUUGGAGUGGCCAGCACAAGGCAGGAAAUGGGUAACUUAGACCGACAUGAGGAGAUGGAGGCACUGGUUGCUAAGUUUCUGGGCGUGGAGUCAGCCAUAGCUUUUGGGAUGGGCUUUGCUACCAACUCCAUGAACAUCCCUGCCCUCAGUGGCAAGGGCUGUCUGAUUCUGAGUGAUGAGCUGAACCACGCCUCACUUGUCCUUGGAGCUCGGCUAUCUGGGUCCACCAUCCGCGUGUUCAAACACAACAAUAUGCAGAGCCUAGAGAAGAUGUUGCGAGAUGCCAUUGUCCACGGCCAGCCCCGAACACACCGGCCAUGGAAGAAGAUUCUGAUUUUGGUAGAGGGGAUAUACAGUAUGGAAGGCAGUAUAGUGCGUCUGCCUGAAGUCAUAGCUCUGAAGAAGCGCUUUGGUGCCUACCUUUAUCUGGACGAGGCCCACAGUAUCGGGGCCCUGGGGCCAGCAGGCAGGGGGGUGGUGGACUACUUCGGUCUGGACCCCCGAGACGUGGACGUCAUGAUGGGGACCUUCACCAAAAGCUUUGGCGCUGCAGGGGGCUACAUCGGUGGCAGGAGGGAGUUGAUAGACUACUUACGUGUCCACUCUCACAGCGCGGUUUACGCUACAUCCAUGUCACCACCCGUCGUGGAGCAGAUCAUCACUUCUAUGAAGUGCAUUAUGGGGGAAGACGGGACGACGCUAGGUCGUGAGCGUGUGAAGCGGUUGGCAGAGAACACAGUUUAUUUCAGACGAAAAAUGACAGAGAUGGGCUUCAUCAUUUAUGGCAACAGUGACUCGCCUGUAGUUCCUAUGAUGCUCUACCUGCCCGCCAAGAUAGGGGCGUUUGGUCGGGAGAUGCUGAAGAGGAACAUCGGGGUAGUGGUGGUGGGCUUUCCGGCAACACCCAUCAUAGAGUCCCGAGCACGAUUCUGUAUCUCUGCGGCUCACACCAAAGACAUGCUUGACACGGCACUGUGUGUAAUCAGUGAAGUGGGAGACCUUCUGCAGGUCAAGUACUCAAGGCACAGGAGAUUGCCCUCUCUGGACCGAGCCUUCGACCACAGCAUUUACGAUGAGAUCCAAGACUGAAAUCAACCCUCCUGGGCCAGACCGGACCAAACUGGAUCUCGGACCCCACUUGGCCUGGCACACUUCCAGAACCAAAUGUGCACAGCCCUUAUCCGGCCUUUGACGACACUGACCCACUUGAUUCUCCUAACACAAUGUUGUUACCUUCACAAGCCUUAUUUUACCUGGAAACGCACUGCGUCAUGGCAGAUCUUUUUUUUUUUAAACACACAACACAAUUUCAUUCCUAUAUUUUGUCUUCAUUAUGGAAAUGUUGGGUCUGUUCCCUGAUUGGUUGGGGCUUCCAUAGUAAAACAUACGUAGGCUAAUGGGGAGUUUAGCCAAAUGUGUCGUAGCUACUUACUACCAAGUCGGUGUGAGGACAUAGCAUGACAUACGGCAAAUGUAAUAAGCACACACAAGUGGUCCUCACUCCGUCUUGGUAGUAAGUAGCUACGAAAUAUUUAGCUAAACUCCCCAUUUUACUUUGGAUGUUCGAUUCCAUGUAUCUUGAUAACUGUUGUCGAGUAGAGUGGAAUAAUUUUGGCCUUCACUAGGUUUCAUUGCCACAACGUUUUAUGUCUACUCUAAAUCUAACUUCAUCCUUUACCCCUAACUAAGCUUAUUCUUCAUCUUAAAGACCAAUAAGUGUAAAACUAAUCAAAAAAAUUCACUGCUGUUCAAAGGUUUGGUGUCACAUAGAAAUGUCCUUGUUUUUUUUAAUGAAAAGCAAAUG